GUACAAAUACAAUAAUGGCGUCCAGAAACAUUGGUACUGUUGACACUAGAGCUGAAUUAGCUGAUUUAGUGAAGAGGAAAGCAGAAAUCGCGGAAACUUUGGCGAAUUUGGAGAGGCAGAUAUAUGCUUUUGAAGGUAGUUACUUAGAGGACACUCAGCUUUAUGGAAAUAUUAUCCGAGGUUGGGAUCGUUACCUUGCUAGUAACAAAAAUACCAACAGCAAAGCAGAUAAACGUAACAGAAAGUUUAAAGAAGCUGAACGUCUCUUUUCCAAGUCUUCCAUUACCUCAAUGGCUGCUGUCAGUGGGCUAGUUGAUCAAGGACAAGAUAAAGAUCGCAACAGUGAAACAGAAUCUCAGACAGGAAACAGUGGUAGUGAGGACAAUGUAGCAGGAAAAGAAUCCGGGAAGGCUACUGUUGCAACCAGUGCCCCUUCAGUAGUGAGUGUGCCAUCUCCCGCCGUAACUGCAAGUGCGUCACCUGUGACACCUACAAGUACAUCGGUAGCUGCAGUCAAUGGCCGAUCGACUCCUUCAGGAGAGAGGGAUCGUCCAAGUACACCAGCAAAGGAUAGUUCAGCUGCCAGCAAAGAGAAUCGUCCAGCUCCUAACAAAACUCCAGCAGUUGGAGGAACUACAGUGAGCAGCACAAGUUCUGUCAAUGCUGCCAGUUCUGGGAACACAUCUGCCAAGAAACCAGUUGCAAAGAAAGCACGUCACCGAUGACAGGCUGAUGAGGAGGACUGAGAGAGACUAAACAUCUGUGAUGAGAUGAAAGUAACUGGGCUUCUGGGUCAUCACAGUUGACGAAAGAGUACAGCAGGUGCACAUUUGUACACCUGCUCAAAAUCUGUUUCUAGCACUCGGAUCUAUUGUUAUUUGUCUCUCUUAUCAACAACACAGAUUGAAAUUAAAAUUAUUUUCUGACAAUGAAGAAAUAAUUUGAAACUGGGAUUUAGAGCCACUACUAACUGCAUUCAAAUGGAUAUCAAGAGCUACUAAAUGAAUUUAAAAUUCUUUGCUGUAAUAAUUAGUAUAGAAUACUUCCACAGUGAGAAAUGGGUUAAUUAUUAAUUGUGUAGUACAGGAUAUGCCAGAGAGUUGUAACUGUAGAGUAUGUGACAUUACUGAAUGCGGCUGAAAUGCGACAUUAGAUUUUAGCUAGCAGUCAGGUACAAGCAUGUGAUAUCCAUUUCUAGGGAAAAGAAAAAGUACUUAUGCCGUAUUUUAUGUUCUUGUUUAACUGAAUUUUAUUUACAUGAUUCGAACAUAGCUAUGUUUACUCUUAUUGACGCAAUCAGAUCUAUCAAAAUCAUUGUAAAAUGUUAUGAAAUUGUGUUUUACGUGAGUGCCAGUGUGCCUCUAUUGUUCACAAUAAAGAAACUUCAAAUGUACAUAGAUAUACGCUGAAUUAGUGUACAUUGUUAAAUAUUUCUACUUUUAUAGUGACAACAUACCAACGUAAAUAUUGAGUUCAUAGUUUUCAGUGUGCUGUAUCGUUAAAUUUAGAUACAUAUAGUAUAUUAUAAUUUAAUAUGUUACUAAAGAGCUGUGAGAACCCUACCUGAAAUUAUCCUGAAUUAUAUUGUUAAUAACAUAUUUGUGAUUAAUACUUUUCAUGAAUUGGGUACUUACACAAAUAGAACUCUUCUUUUAAAAUUUUAUCAUUUUGUGACAUGAAAAUGACUGGUAUUAAAUAA